AUGUCCCAGCAAAGAACCAUCCGGCUCUCCUUGCAGCAGCACACUAGCACUGUCUGUGUGCUGGGCACAGAAAUCUCCAUUGACAUACAUGGAUCAGCCCCGAAGGACGCCACGUCGUUCGAUGUCCGUGGCACCCCUGGUGUUGACGUCUAUAUUGUCCACAACCCUCAGGUUGCCAAGGUACCGACGUGUGUGCCCAGAUGGCCCCUGGAUGCCGGGGUGGAGGUGGUGGUGACUAUGAAGGCACCAAGCAAUGCUGUCAAUGAUAACAAGGUUAGGAUUUCAUACUAUGGGCAAGAUGGGGGGACUCCUGUACACAGAGCCAUGCUCUACCUUACCUGUGUUGACAUCUCCCUGGAUGCUGAUACAACUCGCAGUGGGGCGGUGAAGAGGAAAACAACAGAUAAGAGAGAGUGGACGUGGGGCCCAGAUGGGCAAGGAGCUAUCCUGCUAGUGAACUGUGAUAGGGACGACCCAAAGUCCUCGGAUAUGGACAACAUGGAUUUCUGUGUGCGAUCGUACGCAGACCUUCGGGAUAUGUCAUGUAUGAUCUUGAGAACUCAAGGCCCCGAUGCAAUCUUUGAUGACCACAAGUUGGUUCUUCACAUUUCCGUAUCAGACGCAGAGAAAGUGGGAGUUUUCCACGCUCGGGGCGAUGACGUUCUCCACCAGUACGAGCACGUGCUGGGGUCAGAUGAGCUCUCCUACGUAGUGGACCGUCCCAGCGGACAAGAAGAGGACACCUUCUAUGUGGAGGGUUUGGCCUUCCCGGACGCUGACUUCUCAGGGCUGAUUGCCUUCCACGUCACGCUGCUGGAUGCCCCGGUUGAGAAUCUUCCCGAGAACCCGAUUUUCACAGACACGGUGGUUUUCCACAUGGCUCCCUGGAUAAUGACCCCCAACACUCAGCGGCCUCUGGAGGUCUUUGUCUGCAGCGUAAGCGACAACGCCGACUUUGUGGAAGCCGUGAGCGAACUCGCCAGGAAAGCCCGCUGCAAGCUGACCAUCUGCCCGGAGGUGGAGAACCGGAACGACCGCUGGAUCCAGGACGAGAUGGAGUUUGGCUACGUGCAGGCUCCCCAUAAAACGUUUCCGGUGGUCUUCGACUCGCCCAGGGACCGAGAGCUGCAGGACUUCCCUUUUAAGAGCAUCUUGGGCCCCGAUUUUGGCUACGUGACCCGAGAACCUUAUAAUGAAACGGUCUCCGGCCUCGACUCUUUUGGGAACCUGGAAGUCAGCCCUCCAGUGACUGUCAGAAGGAAGGAGUAUCCCCUGGGGAGGAUCCUCAUUGGCAGCAGCUUCCCCAGGGUUGGUGGCAGGAGGAUGACAAAGGCCGUCAGGGACUUCCUCUAUGCCCAGAAAGUGCAGCCCCCCGUGGAGCUCUACGUCGACUGGUUGUGUGUGGGUCACGUCGAUGAAUUCCUCAGCUUUGUCCCAGCUCCGGGCAGACAGGGUUUCCGGCUGCUCUUAGCCAGCCUCAGUGCCUGUUACAAGCUCUUCAGAGAGAAGCAGGAAGAGGGCUAUGGAGAAGCUAGGCUGUUUGAAGAGUUAGAGACAGUCACCACAACAACAAUAGAUGAGAUUCUGGCCAAUGAAAACCUGAGGAGGGAGAACGACUAUGUUCAGAGCUGCAUCGACUGGAACAGAGACAUCCUGAAACGGGAGCUGGGCCUGAGCGAGAAAGACAUCAUCGACCUCCCCCAGCUCUUCACGGUAAUCGACAAGGAAGCCAGUGCUUUCUUCCCAGACAUGGUGAACAUGAUCGUCUUGGGGAAACACCUGGGCAUCCCGAAGCCGUUUGGGCCGCUCGUCAACGGGCAGUGCUGCCUGGAAGAGAACGUUCGCUCGCUGCUGGAGCCGCUGGGCCUGACUUGCACCUUCAUCAAUGACUUUUUCACCUACCACACCCUAUUAGGGGAGGUCCAUUGCGGCACCAACGUCCGCAGGAAACCCUUCUCCUUCAAGUGGUGGAACAUGAUCCCCUGAGCAGAGGGGGUGAAAUAAAGCUCACUGCUUUUUUCAAGAGGAGGGAACUAAAGCUGAAUGUGACCUACAGUUUCCUGGGGUUCACUUCACCCACCACUGAAUUUGUAACGUCAAUAAAAACAAUACUUUCUAAAAAAACCCCUUACUAACCUGCAUGUGAAAUCGCUAGCUACCCCAUCCCCUCCUCUGCCGCACGAGUCGGACAGUUUGCUGGGACUGUAAUCCCCACCACUGUUUCUUGCCGCUCA